AUGUCAAAAGAAAAUCAAGUGCCUCAUCCAUAUUAUGAUGAAAAGUCCAUCGAAAAAGAGGCUCGAAUUAGGAACCUUUUUGAUUCAUUAGACCACAAGGGACAGGGCGUUGUUUAUACCAGAGACAUAUCAGAAGCAUGCAGAUUGCCAGCUCACACUCGGUACGCUUCAGAGUUGCUGAAUUCAGAUGAUGAAAAUGGCAUCGAUUACGACAGAUUCAGGGCUCAUGUCAUUGAAAAGGAAGAAGAACUAUGGAACGUAUUCAGCGCCAUCAAUCAGCAGGGAGACCACCGACUCAAGCCAGAUGAAUUAGAAUUUGCCUUGAAGGAAUCCGGAAUUCAUGUUACAAAAUCAGACAUGGAAGCCCUGGUUCAGUACAUUGACACUGCUGGAAAUGGUUACAUUGAUUUUGAAAAUUGGAGAAACUUCUUGCUAUUACUGCCUCAUGAAACGACACUUACAGAGAUCUAUCGAUACUACCAAACAACCACACAACUCAACGCAGAUGCCGAAGUAGUUAUUCCACACACAGACGAAGCAGCUCGAAACGCAUAUAAAUACCUUACAGCAGGUGCCAUGGCAGGCUGUGUUUCACGUACCUGUACAGCGCCCCUGGAUCGACUUAAAGUAUACCUUAUUACCCAUACUACCUAUCAACCUCACCUUAAUACUCAAUCACAACCCAAAGCAUCUUCCUCGGCCAUCCUGAAUGCUGUAAAGACGAUUUAUCGAAAUGGCGGAUUUCGUGCUUUGUAUGUUGGUAAUGGUCUCAAUGUGAUAAAAAUCGUGCCAGAAUCUGCCAUCAAAUUCUAUGUGUUUGAAACUUCAAAAGCUAUCAUGGCUCAAAUGACAGGCGCUCAAGAUAAAAACUCUAUUCCUGUCGGUGCUCGCUUCAUUGCUGGUGGUGUCGCUGGUUUGUGCUCUCAGUUUUGUAUAUAUCCUUUAGAAACUCUCAAGACGAGAAUCAUGUCCAGCCAAGAAGGACAAGGUGUGAGACCAAGUGCUAUCAAGACAAUGCGGGAAAUGUACAAAACAGGCGGUCCAAGAGCAUUUUGGCCUGGUUUAUUUUUGAGCUUAUUGGGUGUGUUUCCUUAUCAAGCUUUGGAUAUGGGCAUCUACGAAACUUUGAAAGUGUCUUAUCUGCAAUCCAUGGACAAGGCAGGUGCUCAUCAGGGUUUACCUGAAGGUGAAAAGGCACAUCCCAAUGUACUGGUGUUGUGGAUGUGUGGUAUGGUGAGUGGAUCUAUUGGUGCAAGUAGCGUGUAUCCCUUGAACAUGAUUAGAACUAGAUUACAAGCUCAAGGUACACCUGGCCAUCCUUUCCGAUACACUUCUGCCUGGGAUGUUGCUCAAAAAACGUACAGGGCAGAUGGUGUUCGAGGCUUCUACAAAGGCCUUGGUCCAACUCUGUUUAAGGUGGUGCCAUCGAUCAGUAUCAGUUAUGCCGUAUACGAAUUUUCAAAGCGAUCAUUGGGAAUUUCAUAG